AUGUCGUCAUCCAUGUCUCGCCAACGUCUCACCCGUCAGGAGAAGAGAGACCGACGUCUUGCUGCGAUUAUCUCCAAAACUGUGGCGAAAGCUGUCAGUGACGUGUACGAGAACGCAAGCAAAUCAUCCGAGGAAUCUCGAAUUGUCGUCCCCAAAGAUUCCAACAAGGCUGUUUUCAGCUUUAAACAAUUCAAAGCGUGUGGACCAAAGGAGUUCACCGGCGAGGAUGGCCCAACAGCCAUGUUUCGUUGGUUUGACUCGGUGGAAGUCACCCUCCGACAAAGCGGAUGCCCUGAUCAUCUUCGUACUCUCAACGCUACCGGUGUCUUCCAGGUUCGUGCGUUGGACUGGUGGACCGCGGAGCGAAACAAGCGCGGGAACGACGCAGCAUACGAGCUAACGUGGGAGGAACUGAAAGCAAUCAUGAUCGACGAGUUCUGUCCUCCUCACGAACGUCAAAAGCUCGAGGAUGAAUUCUGGGGUAUCAAGCAGAAGGAAGGAGACAACGCUGACUGUGUGGCGGAUUUCGUUCACGCCUCCAAGCCCGCAACAAUCGAGGAAACCUACCUACUAGCCGCUGAGAUUAACGAUAAGCGGGUAAAGGCUGGUGUCUGGGAUAAGCCAGUCAAGUCUCUGCAUCAAGCUAUCUCAUCAGCAACCGACUCUGCCACCCCAAACAAGAAGAAGAACAAGAGGAAGAAUCGCUCCAACAAGAACUGCGCAAUCACUGCUGCUCCUCAGCAAGCCGUACCGGCUCUAGUUGCGCCAGUGGCAAGUGCACCGCCAGCCAAGCGUCCGUAUACAGGACCCCACCCUGCAUGUCCUACUUGCUCCUAUCAUCAUCCGGUGGGUGUCGCCUGCCGUUACUGCGCUCACUGCCAGGUGUACAACCACUAUACCACGCAAUGCCGCUAUGGUCCUCGCCAAGCCCCUACUCAAGCUGUUGCCAACCAAGCUCUACUUCCAGCCCCGCAAGGUCAGCCAGCAGCUCAAGCACCGGCAGCAAAUGCUCGAGUCUGCUAUAACUGUGGCGAUCCCAAUCAUUUCGCCAACAGAUGCCCGAACAGGGUUGUCAAGCAGGAGCUCCAACAGUAG